ACACAAGCUUAUCCCGAUACCACGAUUACCAAAAAAAAAAUAUCUUCUUAGAUAUAAAAGUAAUUACAUGUGUCGUUUUCGAUAGUCCUACAUACAACUGAAAAAUCAAAAUCCGAACUUUUCUUACCUCUCUAAAUGGCUACACCUCCUCUUCCCGGAAAUGGCCCUGCUACCAACACAACAUCCAAGAGCAAACUGACCAGAUUACCCUCGAAAGUCCAAACACUAUCAUAUUCAGGAUUGGGACAUAAGGGUCAUUUGAAGUCGGACCAGAUAAUGGAAUGGCCCCAUAGAAUUGUCAACAGGACCAGAAAGAUGGCGUCUUAGCUUAGAAGCCAAGUAAACCUGAACACCUACGUACCUGCAAUGGAUAUAUAUUCAAAAAAAAUUGCUUCUUGGCUUGACUUCCACAUCAUUCAGGCGCCGGAUUCCGAAUGCCGGGUUCUUCUCCUUCUCCAGUCUUUGUAUAUAUUUCCUGCGUAACUGGGAGCAAACAAAAUGGCAGCCCUUGUACCAGGAGUACUGAUUAAGCUUCUCCAGAAUAUGCAUUCCAAUAAAAAGGUUCGUGGAGAACAUAGAUCAGUCCUUUUACAAGUCAUCAGCAUUGUUCCUGCUUUGAAUGGAUCAGAACUAUGGCCGAACCAUGGUUUCUUUAUUAAAGUUUCGGAUUCUUCCCAUUCGACAUAUGUCACGUUAUCCAAAGAGGAGAAUGAGUUCAUAUUGAACAACAAAUUGCAACUUGGCCAGUUCUUUUAUGUUGAAAGAAUGGAGCCUGGAACUCCAGUUCCAGUUUUAGUAGGGGUGAGGCGACUUCCAGGGCGACAUCCAUUUGUAGGUAACCCGAAGGAUUUAAUGCAAAUGUUGGAACCAUCUGAAGUCACUGUUCGAAAUGCUCAGGAAGAUGUAAAUGGUUCGAAGUUGAAUGAAUCGCCUGAAUUGAACAAAGAGGACAGUAAGAACAAAUUUGUUAUCAAAGAGCAAAAGACGGUUGUUGCUUCCAGGUACAUGCGAGGAGUAUUAACCUCUAACACAAAGAUUGGAGGGCUUGAUCAAGGUACUGGUGUGAAAGGCAUUGAGAAUGAGAACCGUGGAGCUGCUAAAAAGGCCGUACCUCUGAAAGAGAAACAAUGUGAGCUUAAAGGUCAGACACGGUCUUCAACUCCUUUCCGCAGCCAGUCUGAUGCAUUUGUGAUAAACUCAGGAAUAAAUAAGCAUAUGAAAACUCCAAGAUUUUCAACAUUGAAACUCACAACAAGCAAACAAGAAAGCAUCAGAGAAAACAGUCAAUCCUCAGAAGCAUACAUGCCUUGGUCCUCACUACCAACCAACCUUGCAAAGCCUGGGAAGGGAAUACUUAGGAGGGGAUUGUUAGCUUCUUUAGUAGCAGCAGAAGCUCAAGAAGAAGCGAAGGAAGCAGCAAAACUUCUUCAUUGCCUCAGAAUGUUUGCUGAACUGUGCACCUCAGCAUCACCAGAAUGUCCCCAUAUAUCUCUCUCCAAGUUUUUCGCGCUCAACAAUCUCAUUGAACUACCCAGUACUGUUAAAACAAAAGAGCUAACCCCAGAUGAUUUUGCUACCAAAUUAUCUGUUCAUGAGAAGGUGAAAGAAGGGAAGAUGACAUGUUUCAUGAAUGGUAAAGCUACAAGCAAGUCUUUGAAGCCUUCUGUGGAACUUUCUGGGUCUGAAAAGCUAGAGUGGGCAAAAGGAGAUGGUUCCAAAGACAUCGUGGAACUAAGAGAGCUUCUGUUAAAUGAAAUACAGUAUUGGUUUCUCAAAUUCUUGGAGGGAGCACUUGAAGUUGGACUCUGGCAGAACAAGCAGGAACAAAAAACGAAAGUAAGUGUACCACGCCAAACGGAGUCAAAAAAUCAAAUAGCCUUCACACUAUCACAACUUAAGCAUGCAAAUGAAUGGUUGGACAAAGUAAGGAGUACCUUAUGCUCAGACAAAAACAACGUGGCUGAUAGAGUUGAUAGAUUGAAGCAAAAACUCUACACUUGUUUACUGCUUUACAUGGAUUCAGCCGCUUCAGCUCUUGGAAAACCGGCCUCAUAGACAAUAAUUCAUGGAAAUGGACCAGAGAUCCUAAGAUGCGUUCGUCAUAUUCUAUUUAUGUAAACAUUAUGCAAGAAGCUAUUUAAAGCCACCUUAAAAGUGGCCAAUAAGCUGAUAUUUAUGGUUCUGUAUCUAAUUAUUUCAUGUAUUUUUUUAAAAAAAACGGUUGUUACAGUAAGUUAAUGAUGACUUACUUGCAUUGCUGUUAA